CCGGCGGCACGGGCACGGGCGGUGGCGGUUGGUUAUGACGGAGUGCUUCGUGCGCCCGGUGGAGCGGCGAGCCGGGUCGCCAUUGCGGCUGCGGCAGCGCGCCGUGGGCGGGGUGGGGGCCGUGGUGUGGGACGCGGCGCUCGUGCUCGCCAAGUACCUGGAGCGCGCGUGGCCGCGGCUGGGCGACGGGAGCGCGGAUGGUGGCGGCGGCGGCGCCCGGCCCGUGGUCGUGGAGCUGGGCGCCGGCACCGGGCUGGUGGGGCUGAUGGCCGCCUCACUCGGGGCAAAUGUCACAGUCACAGAUCUUGAAGAGUUGCAAGAUUUACUCAACGUAAACAUCAAUGAUAACAAGCACUUGGUCACUGGUUCUAUCCAAGCCAAGGUACUUAAAUGGGGUGAGACUAUCACAGACCUUCCAUCUGACCCAGAUUACAUCCUUGUGGCAGAUUGUAUUUAUUAUGAACAGUCCUUAGAGCCAUUGCUGAGAACGAUUAAAGAUCUUUCAGGAAACAAGACCUGCAUCAUAUUAAGCUAUGAAGAGAGGACAAUGGGAAACAACCCUAAAGUCGAAAAGCUUUUUUUUGAGCUUUUGCAGACUGAUUUUGAAAUAGAAGAGAUCCCACUGGACAAGCAAGAUGAGGAAUACAGAAGUGAAGACAUUCAUGUUCUCCACAUCAGACGGAAAAGUCGCCGUUAGGAAUGUUUACCGUGAAAUAAAUCACCAAGUUGGUUUUACUCUUUGACACGAGCGUAUCCAAAAUAAAAAAGUGGAAUCCUAGUGUAAUAAUAA